UUUUCGAGCCAGUGAGUGCGAGUAUACGUGUCUCCGUGGUUUGUGGUUCGUUUAAAAUCCCAAGAAAAUUCGUGUUUCCGUUCCUGUCGUUUUACGUCAACAACGUCUUACCACCAGACCACGUAAAACAGGAAUGAUAGUUAUUUAACCUACACUCUUUGAAGCAUUUAUUUCGACCAUCAAUUAGAAGGAAAAAAACACAAUGCAGCUCUUCAGUGCGCAGCUCGCCUUGGCAGGAUUACGGCGCACGAGCCAGGCCCGCCUGUGGGCGACGAGCAAAUAUGCUUACUCCAGCCAGGUCGAGUACAAGCCCAUACGGUCCGUGCUGGUUGCCAACCGUGGAGAGAUCGCCAUCCGUGUGUUCCGUGCCUGUACAGAAUUGGGCAUUCGGUCGGUCGCCGUGUACUCGGAGCAAGACAAGAUGCAUAUGCACCGACAGAAGGCGGACGAAUCGUACAUGGUCGGAAAAGGGUUGGCCCCGGUGGAAGCCUACUUGAACAUUCCGGAAAUUAUAAGAGUAUGUAAGGAAAACGACGUCGAUGCUGUACACCCUGGUUAUGGAUUCCUGUCGGAACGGUCAGACUUUGCCCAAGCGGUCAUUGAUGCCGGAUUACGUUUCAUUGGGCCUACACCAAAGGUCGUGCAACAGAUGGGGGAUAAAGUGGCCGCUCGUCAGGCGGCCAUCGCAGCCGGUGUACCUAUCGUGCCCGGAACCGAUGGUCCGGUGACUACGAAAGAGGAAGCAGUGGAGUUCUGUCGCAAGCACGGUCUCCCGGUUAUCUUUAAGGCGGCCUAUGGUGGUGGUGGCCGCGGAAUGCGUGUCGUGCGCAAGAUGGACGAAGUGGAGGACAACUUUAUGCGCGCCAGUUCCGAGGCGAAGGCAGCAUUUGGAAAUGGCGCAAUGUUUAUAGAGAAAUUUAUCGAACGUCCACGCCACAUCGAGGUGCAGCUUCUGGGCGACAAAGCCGGCAACGUGGUGCACCUGUACGAGCGAGAUUGUUCCGUGCAGCGUCGCCACCAAAAGGUGGUCGAGAUUGCUCCUGCCCCUCGGUUGGCGGUCGAAGUACGCGACAAAAUGACCGAGUACGCCGUGCGUCUGGCACGCCAUGUUGGCUAUGAGAACGCCGGCACCGUGGAGUUCCUGGCAGACGAAACGGGUAACUUUUAUUUCAUCGAAGUAAACGCACGACUGCAGGUGGAGCACACCGUGACGGAAGAAAUCACCGGCAUCGAUCUGGUGCAAUCACAAAUACGCGUCGCGGAAGGUAUGACCCUGCCGGAGCUGGGUUACACGCAGGAGAACAUCAGACCACAGGGCUACGCUAUUCAGUGCCGCGUUACGACGGAAGAUCCGGCGAAUGACUUCCAGCCAAACACCGGACGCCUCGAAGUGUUCCGCUCCGGUGAGGGCAUGGGCAUUCGUUUGGACAGUGCGUCGGCGUAUGCCGGUGCGAUCAUUUCCCCGUACUACGACUCUUUGCUGGUGAAGGUGAUAUCGCAUGCAUCCGAUUUGCAAUCGUCAGCGUCGAAGAUGAAUCGCGCGUUGCGCGAAUUCCGUAUCCGGGGUGUGAAAACCAAUAUCCCGUUUCUGCUGAAUGUGCUAGAGAACCAGAAAUUCCUCAACGGAGUGCUGGACACGUACUUUAUCGACGAGCAUCCGCAGCUGUUCCGAUUCGCGAAAACGAAAAACCGUGCACAAAAGCUACUCAACUACCUCGGCGAAGUGCUGGUGAAUGGUCCAACCACACCGCUCGCCACGAAACUGAAACCUGCCGAAGUUAAUCCCCAUGUCCCGCAACUGCCACUAGACCUAUCGCCGGAAGCACUAGCCGAGGAGGAAGAGGGUGUAAGGAAAGUUACAGAACCACCGCGUGGUUUCAAGCAAAUUCUGCAAGAGCAGGGACCGGCAGGGUUCGCCAAGGCUGUCCGGGCGCAAAAAAAUUUGCUCCUCAUGGACACGACGUUCCGCGAUGCGCACCAAUCGCUGCUAGCUACCCGUGUGCGCACGCACGACCUGCUGAAGAUAUCACCGUUUGUGGCGCACAAGUUCAACAAUCUGUACUCGCUCGAAAACUGGGGUGGAGCUACCUUCGACGUGGCCCUGCGCUUCCUGCACGAGUGUCCUUGGGAGCGGUUGGAAGAAAUGCGCAAACAGAUUCCUAACAUCCCGUUCCAAAUGCUGCUGCGUGGUGCCAACGCCGUCGGUUACACCAACUACCCCGACAACGUGGUGUACAAGUUUUGUGAUCUGUCGGUACAAUGUGGUAUGGACAUUUUCCGAGUGUUUGAUUCCCUCAACUACCUACCAAACCUGAUUCUCGGCAUGGAAGCGGCUGGCAAUGCUGGCGGAGUGGUCGAAGCUGCUAUCUCCUACACCGGAGACGUCAGCGAUCCGAAGAGAACGAAGUACGAUCUAAAGUACUACACGAAUCUGGCGGAUGAGCUGGUCAAGGCGGGUACGCACGUGCUGUGCAUAAAGGAUAUGGCCGGACUGCUGAAACCGCAAGCGGCACGGCUCCUUAUAACGGCCAUUCGCGAGAAGCAUCCCGAUGUGCCGAUUCACAUCCACACGCACGACACGUCCGGUGCCGGUGUGGCUUCCAUGUUGGCGUGUGCCGAAGCCGGGGCAGACGUGGUGGAUGUGGCCGUGGAUUCCAUGUCUGGUAUGACAUCGCAGCCUAGCAUGGGAGCAGUGGUGGCGUCACUGCAGGGAACCGGUCUCGACACGGGACUGGCACUGCCCGACAUCAGCGAGUACUCUGCGUACUGGGAGCAAACCCGUACGCUGUAUGCACCGUUCGAGUGCACCACGACGAUGAAGUCCGGAAACGCCGAUGUGUACAUGAACGAGAUCCCUGGUGGACAGUACACCAACCUUCAGUUCCAGGCUUACUCGCUCGGCUUGGGUGACUUCUUCGAGGACGUGAAGAAGGCGUACCGCGAAGCAAACAUUCUGCUGGGCGACAUCAUCAAAGUGACGCCAUCGUCCAAGGUGGUCGGCGAUUUGGCCCAAUUUAUGGUGCAGAACCACCUGACGGCCGACCAGGUGCUGGAGCGUGCCGAGGAGCUGUCGUUCCCGAAGUCCGUCGUCGAGUUCCUGCAGGGUGCCAUCGGUACACCGCACGGUGGCUUCCCCGAGCCGCUUCGAUCGCGCGUUCUCAAGGACAUGCCACGCAUCGAGGGCAGACCCGGUGCACAAUUGGCACCGCUCGACUUGGGUGCACUUAAAAAAUCGCUCCUAGAAUCUCACCCAGAUGUGAAUGAUCGCGACGUCAUGUCGGCCGCGCUCUAUCCGCAGGUUACGAACGAUUUCCUGAACUUCCGCGACACCUAUGGACCCGUGGAUAAGUUGAAUACCCGCGUCUUUCUCACCGGUCCCAAAGUUGGGGAAGAAUUUGAAGUGACAAUCGAGAAGGGCAAAACACUCGGAUUCAAAACGCUCGCCAUGGCCGAAGAUCUUACCGCGAACGGUGAGCGAGAGGUUUUCUUUGAACUAAACGGACAGCUGCGAUCGGUGCUGAUCCGCGAUAAGGAGGCGGUCAAGGAGCUACACAUUCACCCGAAGGCCGCAAAGGGCAACAAAAACGAGGUCGGUGCACCGAUGCCCGGUUCUGUGAUUGAAAUUAAAGUCAAGGUUGGCGAUCAUGUCGAAAAAGGACAACCGCUGGUGGUGCUGUCGGCAAUGAAGAUGGAGAUGGUUGUCCAGUCGCCACGCGCCGGUGUUGUCAAAACGUUGGAUAUCAGCAACGGCAUGAAGCUGGAAGGAGAGGAUCUAUUGCUAACGCUGGAGUGAAACCCAUCCAUCGCACUCAUACCUUGCACAAGUGUUACUUACGUUUCCGGUCGCGUUCCAACCAAGGCAUCUUCUAGUGAAGUACAUCAGAGACAGGCAAGAUAACUAGUUACGUGCUCGACCCACAACCGGCAUGCGGUGUUCUACUUCUUCUUGCGGUCAGUGUGCGCUGGGCCAGUGGUUCCCCAAUCGACGCACGGUGCCCGCACGGUUUUCAAAUGCAUGAAUCACCAAAUUUGAAUCAUCCGAAUCACUGGCUCGCUGGCACUUACUUCUUAAUAGCUUUUACACGGAAACCGGAUAUACAACUACACUGUUAUUGUUUUAUUGCGCUU